GGCUGUGCCCGGGCCGGGCUCCGGUCCCGGUUCUCGGCUCCCCCUGGGCCGCUCCGCCCCGCUGGGAGCCGCGCUCCGAGCCUGACCCCAGCCCGGGGCGCUGCGGGAAAUCGAGUUUUGUUCCAGAGGAGCCGUGUCCUGUUUCUGUAUGAAUGUUCCAAGUUUAUUUCAUUUUGCAUUCUUGCUGAGAGGGGUGCAAACACCAUCAUGGACACAGUGGAUUUUGAGGAAGCAGCAGCUCUCUGUGCCCAGUGUUCCCUUGCUUCAGGCAGAAAGAAAAAGGAACUCUCUGAAUCUCCUUGAACUGAGUGAGGCAGAAUUAGAAGAACAGUUUGUAAGAGGUGAUGGUCCAGGAGGUCAAGCCACAAAUAAGACAAACAACUGUGUUGUCCUGAAGCAUAUUCCAUCUGGGAUUGUAGUGAAGUGUCAUCAGACAAGAUCAGUGGAGAAGAACAGAAAGAUUGCCAGAGAAAUCCUGCAGGAAAAAGUUGACCUUUUCUACAAAGGCGAAGACAGUGAUGUUUUUAGAGAGAAGAAAGCAUCAGAGAAGCAAAAGCAGGAGAAAAAAAGAAGAGCAAAGGAAAACCUAGAAAGGAAAAAGCUUUUUAAAGAGAUGCAACAAUUGGAUAAGGAAUAAACAUGUGAAAUUCUGACUUGCCCUAGCAGGGAAUGAAUGCAGCUGUGUUUCCUUUGUCACCCUUACUCUGAAGCCACUCCUGAAGUUCAUUUUUCCUGGUUUUAUCCAGCAGCUUAACCAGAACUUCUCUUUCACCUUUGGACAGCACCCUCACCAGCUUCACCAUGUUUUGCCUUCAACAAAGACCCAAAGCCACAGUGUGGAUUUUGAAGGCAACAGAGACUUCCAGAAUUUCAGCUCCUUGUCCCAGAGACUGCACCCUGUGCCAUGGAUGGAGUUCUCCAGCAAUCUGCAGUCCCCUUCCCUUGUCCUUUCCUAAACUCCUGCAUGAAGAUUAAAUUUUUAUCUCUUGACAGUUGUUGCUCCUGGAGUAUGAAUCUAAUUAAAGUGACUGUACAUAGUUUUAAUACAAACUGUUAAUGAAAAUAAGCUUUAUUACGUCAAGUAAUAAAUACAUACAAAGAUGCAAAUAACAGUUUUAGUAAUUUAUCCAGAAUGUUCCUUUUUCUUUUCUUUUUUUCUUUUUUUUUUUUGCAAACUUUAAACUGAAAUCUCCAGCCUUAAUGUAGAAAUUAGCUUUCCAGGACCUUGUUAUUAUUUAAUAGGUUUCCCUAUUUUCCAUAUAGCUCAUGCACUUUAAGUGGACUUCAAAGCACUAACAGUCAUGCAAAUGUUUAUGCAAAAUGAACAAAAAAAGGGAAAAUAAGAGAAGGGGAAGGUUAUUUCUAAGCAGGGUCUAUGCUGUAUGACAAAUUGUGACUUAGCAGACUACUAGGUACAGCAUGCUAUUCUGCAGUUAUUAAAAAAAAUCCUUAGAGCUUAUGUCAAACUUUGAAAGAUUGACGUUUUGGGGAUAAGUGAACAUAGUCAAAGGAAAAAAAAACAGAAUGAGGCUGUGGCUGG